AUGAGCUCCCAAAGCCGCAACAACCCGUUCCGCGCUGCUAUCAUCGUCUUCACUUUCGUAGCGGCCAUCACCCUUUGGCGCUACAGCAGCGGCAGCACAACCAGCACCGCCACCGCAUCCCGCACAGCACCCGAUUCCCCAGUCAUGGCUGUCAGCAAAGACCACCCGAACGCGCUGUCCAAGCUCGCCGUCGACAUUCGCCAGACGGCCACGUCGCCGCCAACGCUCGCGGUCAAGGUGACCAACAACUACGACAGCCCGCUGACGAUUCUCACCUGGGAGUCGCCCCUCGACCCCGCCGCCAUCGCCCUUGGCCUCCUCUCCAUCACUCCCGCCGGCGCCGACAAGCCCCUCGACCUGCCAAUCGUGCAGUUCCGCCGCGUCAUGCCACCCGAGCCGGAUAACCUCGUCACCCUCCAGCCGGGCGAGAGCCGCGGCCAGGACCUCGUUCUCAAGGAGCCCGCCGUGCCUGUCGGCGAGCUUGGUGGGAAGGCCAGCAUCUACAUCCAGGGUUCCUGGUCCAGCGUGUGGCCGACGACAGCCGACAAGCUGACGCCCGAAGAGUUGGAGAAGCUGCAGUUUGGGGACUCUGUGCUAUCUGGUGGCGAGUUCAAGAGCGACGCCCUCGAGGUGACGGUGGGCUAG